AUGGCCGCCCGACGCCCCGUGCUGCUCGCCCUCUGCCUCGCCGCCGCGGCCGCGUGGCUGCUGAUCGGCGCGGCCGCACCGGCGGCGCAGCAGGGCUUCGUGGCCCCCGCCUCGCCGGCCCUGCGCGCCGGGCGCAGCGUCCUGGCCGGCGCGGAGUUCGAGACGGCUGCCCCGGCUGUCAUCCUGCGGGCGCUGCCGGAGCCCAAGCCCAACGAGGAGAUGCUCCCGGUCGACCUCAACCGCACGUCGCUCUAUUGGGGCCUGCUCACCAUCUGCAUCCUGUCCGUGCUCUUCUCCAGCUACCUGUUCAACUGA